UAUACAUACUUUGAUAUAUAAUACACCUAACACAUUUCAGUAGUAGCUUUUUAAAGUUCGGUGCAACACCAACGUCCACUUUGUUCUACGACGUCUCAAUUAAGAUCACUGCCAACAACAAUGGAUCGCUGGACCGGUAAGGUGGCCGUGGUAACGGGUUCCAGUUCCGGAAUCGGUGCAGCAACAGCUAAAAAAUUGGUCCAAGCCGGAAUGCUAGUGGUUGGCUUAGCUCGGCGUGUAGAACGCACAGAAGCGUUGAAAAGUGAUUUGGAUGAGUCCAUUAGACACCGCUUGCAUGCUGUGAAAUGUGACGUCACCCAGGAGGAAGAUAUUCGCAAAGCAUUUCAAUGGAUCGAAAAAACGCUCGGAGGCGUCGACGUCCUGGUGAACAACGCUGGCAUUUACCGAAAUACGAAAUUAAUAGACGCCGAUAAUAGCACUAUGAUACGAGAAGUGCUGAACACCAACGUGCUGGGGUUGGUCUUCUGCACCAGAGAAGCCUUUCAAUCAAUGAAGAAACGUUCGAUGGACGGGCAUGUAAUUCACAUCAAUAGCGAAGCCGGCCACAAAACAGGCUUGCCUCACUUGAACAUGUACUGUGCUUCCAAGUUUGCUGUUACCGCUCUUACGGACACGCUGAGGCAAGAAUUUAUAGCAGAAGACACAAAGAUUAAAGUUACGAGUAUUAGUCCUGGAAUGGUUAGGACGGAUAUGCUACCCGAUUCCAUCACAUCGGAAAAUACUGUACCAUUGCUGGAACCGGAGGAUAUAGCCAAUGCCAUUAUUUAUGUUCUCGGCACUCCUCCGCGCGUGCAGGUCCAUGAGCUCACAAUAAAGCCCGUUGGAGAAUCUUUCUGAGGCAUGUUUGAAACUUGUGUCAUGUACCUAUUUAUUACUGUUUGUAUUAUUAUUUCAAUUAAACUGCUUGAAGCCUUCAUGAAAUUCGUUGCACUUGGUUUCCAACUCUCAUUUUGAUAAGUACACACAAACAAAUGUAUUUGCUCAACAUCACAUUUAAUACUCCUAGGGUUGGUGCUGGAAUGGUGUACGUGCCUGUUAGGGUCAUAUUGGCCCCAACAUCUUACUAGGGUUAUGAUAAGAGGAGGUACCUGGAACUCUCAAGGCCGUUUCGGCGGGUCUCAGACGAUUUCAGGGAGCCUCAUUGGGUUUCCUUUAGAACGUUCUGGUGUAUUUCAAAGAGAUUACGGAGAUUUCACUCUGUAAACGUCCUUAAAGUCCUGAGACCCAUAAAAAACAAUUUCAAACCCCUUGAAAUCCCUUGAUCCGUCCCUGUAAUGUCUCGAAACGCCCCUAUGUUCCAAUUACUCUAUUGAAACGUCCUUGAAAUCUCCAUAAUACAUUUGAAAGCUUACCUGAAAUGCUAACAAUCGUCUCUAAAACCUCUCGGAAGACCCUAAACCGUUCCUGGAAGUCCCUGAAACUUUCUGUAACGCUCUUUGAAGGCUCCGGACACCCCCUGAAUUUUAAAGCCCUGUGAAUCGUACUGGAAAAACUUGUAAUUAGAAGGCACGAAAUGUUGCUAAUUGAUAAAUUGAGAGAUGAAAUUUGUGGAAAAAAUCGCGUUCUGGUGGGAUUUGAACCCAAGGCUCCGUAUUCGCUAGACCGGCACUUUAACCAACUAAGCCACAGAACAGCUAAUGGUUCUGCGGAAUAGAAAGCCAAACUGACUCCGAAGCCGGCAAAGUGGCAGCGAGGAUAUCAUCGGGAGCUAUUGUUCAAUUUCAAAAGCGUUCCAGUUCCACAUGUAUUGCGUCACGGUAUCAAUAACCUGAUUAUAUUUAUUCGAUUAAUUUGGGGAUGCCGUAUAACUAUUAUUUAAGAGCUGUUAAAAGGUCGAAAAAGCGCCUGUUCAAGAUGUUAUUCAGUUAGUGGUUACAUAGGAGCCAAGAAAACAGCUAUGACUUGGCGACAUAGACGCUGCUCGCACAGCAUAUACAACAUGUGGAUUAAGUUCGCCAGAUUCAUUGAUAUAGUAACUCAGUAUAGUAUAGUAGUAUAGU